AUGGAACCAGUCUACUGCGGAUAUAGAUUGAGUCUGGAGAGAAGAAAUUCCAAUUAUUCUGGUGUGCCGACUGCCAUCUUCAACUUCUCGGUCAAGUGGCACCAUCUGCUAGUCUUCAUCGAUCAAGUGGGAGUGCCGAUAAAUCUUCAAGACACUACACUUUCUGAGUCGAGUCAGUCGCUUGAGAUGCCACUCUGCAUCUUACCAUGGCAAUCCCUCUGCGAAACGCACUUGAAGAGAGUUCUCGAUGCUUUGGAUGUUCGUAGCAGCUUUCGGGCUGAUCUUAUAAGACAGGAAGUCGAAAUGGAAGACGUUGAGGCAGUCUCCAUCGAAGGAAACGAGUCAGAUCAUGAUCAAGUCGUGCAGGGCGUCUCCAGAAGCACCGUUGAAAAGCUUGAGAGGAAGAGCUGCUCUGUCCGGGACGGCGGUGGAUGCUGUUGUAUUUGUUUAGAGGAACUGAAUGGGGCAGACAAAGUGAUGGAGAUACCGUGUUCGCAUCUCUUUCACAGCAGAUGCAUCAUCAAGUGGCUGGAGAGGAACAAUUCGUCUCCGCUGUGCCGUACCAAAGUAGAAGUAGAAGAUCCAGAGUAG